AAGUCCAGUGCAUUCCAUCACAGACAGUUCGCAGAAUCGCAGCAGCUUAGCUUAAUUACUUUUUUCACCAACUCAACUUUCAGUUAAUUUCCGGUUAAUCCUCGAUUCCUCAUCAUGCCUGGACUCACCCUCGGCGACGUCGUCCCCGACCUGGAGCUCGACACCACCCACGGCAAGAUCCGCCUCCACGACUUCGUCGGCGACGCCUACGUCAUCAUCUUCUCCCACCCCGCUGACUUCACGCCGGUCUGCACGACGGAGCUGUCGGAGAUGGCGGGCUACGCCGGCGAGUUCGACAAGAGGGGCGUCAAGCUCCUCGGCUUCUCCUGCGACGACGUCGAGUCGCACAAGGACUGGAUCAAGGACAUCGAGGCCUACAAGCCUGGCCGCCGCGUCGGCUUCCCGAUCGUCGCCGACCCGGACAGGGAGGCGAUCAGGCAGCUCAACAUGAUCGACGCCGACGAGAAGGACACCGCCGGCGGCGAGCUCCCCAACCGGGCGCUCCACAUCGUCGGGCCGGACAAGAAGGUGAAGCUGAGCUUCCUGUUCCCGGCGUGCACGGGGCGGAACAUGGCGGAGGUGCUGCGCGCGACGGACGCGCUGCUGACGGCGGCGAGGCACCGGGUGGCGACGCCGGUGAACUGGAAGCCCGGCGAGCGCGUCGUCAUCCCCCCCGGCGUCUCCGACGAGGAGGCCAAGGCGAGGUUCCCGGCCGGGUUCGAGACCGCCCAGCUGCCCUCCAACAAGUGCUACCUCCGCUUCACCCAGGUGGACUGAGAGACUGAUGGUGAGGGAGGGAGGGAGAGAUCUGGGCCGUCGGUUUCGUGUGUAAUAAACCAACGCACGACGUAGAUGCUUCCACGUGUGUGUUUCCCGUGCUGCUUCGAUUGAUCGAUCGAUCAUUCGGUAAGUACUCUAGUUAUGUGUAAUCUGCUGUUUGGGUGUAGUGGUGCAUUUGCUGUUCUGUUGCCUGAAAGUGACGAACGGAUUAUGUUUGUCAUUUGUAUGUAAAAUGUAACCGUAUGUUUUUUAUUUAUCCCUUCCGAAAUUACUGUGGAAUAUAGUGAAGUAAUGCUGUUAAUAAACAGCCCGUUUAAAUA